UCGCCGGCUCUCUCGCUCGUGUGCGCAUCUCGUCGGGCUUCGCUCGUGCUUGUCUCGCUGGAUCGUGCUCGUGCUCGUCUCGCUUAACCGUGCUCGUGCUCGUCUCGAUGAACUGUGCUCGUGCUCUCGUCGGUUUUGCUCGUGCUCUCUUGUCACUCUUGCUCGCGCUCGCCUCGGGCCUUGCUCGCAGUGUUGCUGUGCUCUCGUACGCCUGGUAUCGCCAUCGAGCCCUCUCGUGUCGAGGGCAGCAUGCUGAUCCUUACGCAGGUGCGAGCGGUUGUGUUGGCAAGUCGGAGGGUGGGCCGAGGUGGAUGGUGAGCUUGGGGUGGGUCGAGGAGAAAGGAGGAAGGAGGAAGGCUAGACGAAGGAGGAGAGAGAGGGAUGAAGGAGUAUGGUAAGGCAAAGACUUAGCCAGCACGCUGUAGCAGAAUAUUGAUCGCUGAUCGCCGCUGUGGCGUGCGAAGCU